AUGGCGGGAAGCGCACUUUUGUUGCUGGCCAUGCAGAUAGCGGGAGCCGCCGCCUUUUCGCCCCCUUGUGCUCUCAUGCUCUCUCACCACCUUCGCGCUCCUCUCACCGCAGAUGCCAUGCGUCUCACCAUGCUUCCGAGAGUGGCUCCACUUCGGCCGAGGGUACAUGAAGCAAGCAAGAUGAAGGCACAAAUUGAAUUCAGCGACUGGGACGGCGAAGACCUCGUAAAGAUGCAGCGUGUGGAUCCGUUGGACGAAGCAGGAUAUCGCAUGCAUGAAAGCUCUGACAACUUCGUUCCUCUUGCUCUACACGCGGUGACUCACCUCACAGAGGGCGAUAUCGUGGAGUACGUACUGGAAGGAUUCAAGCAAGUGAACAUGGGGAUGGUUGUGGAAGACUCGACGGACGGCGAAGUGAAGGUCAGGAAACUGUUGAGACGCGACGGCGACGGCGAGUUCGAUGAAUGGAGAUGCGUCGUGGCCAAGACUGAGGCAGUAGUAGAGGUUCCUGUCUAUGCUGUGAGAUACGUCGGAACUUGCACCGAGUGCUCAGAAGAAAACGGCGUAUGUUGA